CCACCUCCCGGCAAGCUCUCGGCGCCUCCGCGCCCCGCCUCUUUUGUUGCCCGGGCGGUGUCGCCCGUUUCUUUGCUUCCGACCAAUCCUGUGCCUUUUUCUUUGCGCUUUCUCCAGACGGAGAGGUAGAGGGCAGUUCUGGUCGUCUGGGCUGAGCCGCAGAUGCGCGCGCUUUUUCUCCAGCUCUGGGUGGGAGUCGCUGCUCAAGGUACUCGCAAUGACCGGGCUGGGCCAGGGACGGACAGCCUCGGUGUCCGCUCGGUCUAGGAAGCCGGUGACGCCGAACUCCUGGGGCGGGUGCGCCGCGGCGGGCCACGUGCGGGGCUCUCUGGAAGUAGGUAGUGUUAGGUCCCACGAGGUCCCUAGCGACGCCGACGCGGUAACCAGUCGCGACAAAAGUUAAGGGGGAGGUUUUCUUGCCUCCGGCGGCAGUGCACCAGACGCGUUCCGGAAUAUGCACAGGGCUCUGGGCUUAGGAGACACAGAAUUUUACUACUUUUGAAUGCUGUUGUUAUCUACGGCCAUACCACCCUGAAUGUGCCCAAUCUCGUCUGACCUCAGAAGCUAAGCAGAGUUGCCCUGGUUAGUACUUGGAUGGAUGCUACUGUUGAUAUGGAGAAGAUUGAGGAACACAUCACUAAUCUGCAUAUUGUUAAAUGUUCCUCAGAACCUAAAGAACCCACUUACUUACUUGGAAUAGACACAUCAAAGACUGUACAAGCAGAAAAAGGAAGCUUGGUUGCUGUUUUAUGUUCUAAUGCCUCAAUAAGAAUAUAUGAUAAAGAAACAUUAAAUGUGCUACAAGAAGUUAGUGGACAUCCUGGACUUCUUAAUGGAGUCAAAUUUUCAAAUUCCUGUGACAGUGUAUAUUCAGCAAGUACCGAUGGCACUGUAAAACGGUGGGAUGCCCGAUUAGCCCGUAAAAAGCCUGUUCAGUUGUUCAAGGGUUACCCUUCCAAUAUUUUUAUUAGUUUUGAUAUCAGCUGUAAUGAUCAUGUCAUUUGUGGUGGUACAGAAAAAGUUGAUGAUGAUGCAUUGUUGGUAUUUUGGGAUGCAAGAGUUAAUUCUGAGGCUUUGUCCACUACUAGAGACCCACUUGGUACAUACUCAGAGACACACAGUGAUGACAUCACACAAGUGUGUUUCCAUCCCAGCAAUCCCAACAUGAUCGUCACAGGUUCCACUGAUGGCCUGGUAAAUGUGUUUGAUAUUAGUGCUAAUGAUGAAGAGCAAGCACUGGUUACAACAUGUAACUCAGCUUCCUCAGUGAGCUGCAUUGGUUGGUCUGGGAGAGAUUAUAAACAGAUUUAUUGCAUGACACAUGAUGAAGGAUUUUGUUGGUGGGAUCUUAAUCAUUUGGAUACUGAGGAACCAAUUACACGUUUGAACAUCCAGAAUGUCAGAGAAAUAAUUAACAUGAAGGAAGAUCAGUUGGACUAUUUGAUUGGAGGUUUAUAUCAUGAAAAGAUGGACAAAUUGUUUGUUAUUGGAGGAACACACACAGGAAGGAUUCAUUUAAUGACCUGUACUUCGUCAGGACUAACCCCUAUGACCACCCUUAAGAGAGGGCAUGCUGCCACAGUUCGUUCUUUCUGUUGGGAUGUGCAGGAUGAUUCUUUGCUGACUGGGGGAGAAGAUGCACGCUUGGUACUUUGGAAAUCUGGAGCUAUAGAGAACACUUUGAAAGAUAGUGUGAAAAGAGUGUUCUCCAAGUACCAGCAAGUACCCAUUGAUAGAAACAACUCUUACAAGAGAAGGAAAAAACAGUGAUGUUAUACAGUAUUAGAAGUUUACUUCAGAGGCUUUAUAAUCUCAAGUAAGUUUUCUGGUGUACUACCUCUGGUAGACAUGUUUAAAGGUUGUAGGUUAAAACAAGUUAGCUAACAGUUCUGAGCAAAUUUUAAAAAUUGUUUAAUUCAGAUCUGUAUGUGUUUUUUUUUAAGAUAGGGUCUCACUGACCUUGAACUCAGUAUGCAGUCCAGGCUAGCCUCAAACUCAUGACCAUCCUCUUGCCUCACCCUCCCAAGCACUGAGAUUACAGGAGUGCGCCAUCACACCCAGCAUCUAAAAUAUUUUUUAAAACUCUCAGUCGAGUAUAAAAACUAGUGAAUUGAGACCGGGAAUAUAGCUCAGUGGUUUCACCCCCUGCUGCACAAAUGCAAGGACCUAAGUUUGGUCCCUGGUACCAAAAAAAAAAAAACCUAGUGAAUCGAAAGUAAAACUAAAUGCCUUAUUUUUUAAGCCCAUGUAUUCAGAUACAAAAUGUUGAGUGUAGAGAAACAGCUCUGAGGGCCGGGGAUUUAACUCAGUGGUUCUGGUGCCUGCCUUACAA